UUCUCACUUGUUUAUCAGUCUUUGGUCAUCCAAAUUCAAUUUUCAACUCCAAAAUUUGGUAUCAACCAUGGGUUUUCGUUUGCCACCCAUUGUUGUUAAUGCCAAGCAAGUCCUUAAAGCUCAACAGGCUCAAUCAAGUGUGCCAAAAGGUCACAUUGCAAUCUAUGUAGGGGAGGUUGAGAGAAAGAGAUACAUCAUUCCGGUUACUUUCGUGAAUCACCCUUCAUUCGUAGACUUGCUCAACCAAGCAGAGGAAGAGUUCGGGUUCAAUCAUCCAAUGGGUGGUUUAACGAUACCAUGCAAAGAAGACACGUUCAUCGAUCUUGCUUCUCAAUUGCAUGCCUUGACAUGACAGAAAUGAAUAAUGAACAGAAAGAAAGCCCUCGCCCCUCAACAAUUUUGAUGAGCUUUUCAUUAGUUAUUGCUUUCCAAUCUCGUCUGUCGUAACAAAAUAAAGAACUUGUAGCAAACACUUUGUAUAUGUAGAGUCCGCUCGCUGACGGAGAAGAUAUACUUUAAUUUCAGAAAAAAAGAACUAGAAAUUCUUGCAUUUCUAACUUCUUUAUCCAUGUUCUUAACUUCAUCAGGUUCUUGAACUAAAAUCUUGGAAGUUACAGAAAUUCACAAA